AACAGCGGUGCCCAGGCGGACCCCGGGCGAGCUCGCGUGGCCGCGAGUUCCGCAGGCGGCGGUGGAGCCAGGCGGGGGGCGUGGUGGCGGCGGCGGCGGCGCUCGCUUGUGACGCGCCUGCGCAGAGCGCGCCAGGCUGCUGCUGCUGCGCUGCGGGCGGAGGAGGACUCGGAGGCCGCCAUGGAGCCGCCCAAGUCGUCGCCGUCCUCCUCGUCGCGCCCGGCGCCGGUCAAGGGCAUCCUCAAGAACCGCUCCGGCAGCGGCGGCGGCGGCGGCGGAGGGCUGGGCCUGGCCGCCGCCGCCCACCACAGCCCCGCCAAGGCGGCCCGGCCCCCGGAGGCCGAAGCCCCGCCGCGCAGGCGCCCCCCCGGCCGAGACCAGCCCCAGCAGCCGCCGCCGCCGCCGCCGCCGCCCCAGGAGGAGCCCGAGCCGCCGGAGCCCGGGAAGAAGAGCCAGAAGUGGGACGAGAUGAACAUCCUGGCCACCUACCACCCGGCCGGCAAGGACUACGGCCUCAUGAAGAUCGACGAGCCCAGCACCCCCUACCACAGUAUGGUAGGCGAUGAUGAGGAUGGAGCCAGCGAUACAGAAUCCAAUGAAGCCUUGACUGCAGAUGUGUUGGCUGAAAAGUUAGCAGCUGCAGCAGAAGGUAAGGGGCCAAAGAUCUUAGCUGAGCAAGAGAGCACCGAUGAAGAGGAAGAUGACGAAGACUUGACUCCUGAAGAACUGGAGAAAAAGAGGCAGUUCGAAAUGAAGCGGAAGAUGCAUUACAACGAGGCCCAGAACAUCAAACUUGCCAGACAGCUGAUUGAGAAGGAGCUGCGUGGCGAAGCGGCCAGCGAAGAGGACGGCGACGAAGAGAUGCAGGACACGGCGGGCUUGGAAAGGAGGAGCCCCGAACUUGCACCUGCUCGCUCCUAGUGACUCGCUGGAGAACAUGGCCCCAGCCUCGAAGAAGUCUGCUCAGGACUGUGGCCGCUCCUCCUCCGGCCAUGCCUUUGUGUCCACUGCUUCACGGUUCGGAGGAGCGGGCCGCCUCUCGCUUUGUGUUGCCAGGAACGGGUGGUCAGUUGGCCAGGUGGCGACGCGGCUGAGCUGGCUGGCUCUUGGGCUGCCUUCCCGGGGCGGGGGCGGCGGCUUGGCUCAGCACCUGCAGCCCAGCUUCUUCAGGUGGUGUGAGGCUGUCGCUCCUCUGCCUCGUUCUGAAACCUGCAGACCACCCAGGCACUUCGUUUUUCUCUCGUUCUCGUAUUUGGCUCCCCUCUAGGACUGGCCGCAGGCCUCCUGCAAGGGCUUUCAGGCUGACAUGCCAAACUGCACUGCCAGGAGUGGAGACACCCCUGCGAGGAGCAGCUCUCUGACUGGAAGGGCUCUUUGGGAAAGGGGUGGAUUCGUAGAGCAGCUCUCCCUCGUGUGGUAUGCCCCCCCCCCGCCAUCCCCCCCACCCGGCCCAGUUGUCCUUCUGCUCGGUCAGGAUGCUGUGGCUGCUCUACGUGGGUGUUGGCAGGUGAAAAAGGAAGCAGGAGUUGCCUUCUGUCCCUGUCUCUCGGAGCCUCCUGCCUGUUGUGUGAGAGGUGUUCUGAGCCUAGAGUUGACUCGCAGAUCUCGCCCUGCUGUUCUCUUGGCCCCUCGGAAGGGUGCGUUGGGGGUCUGCUCGGCCAUUCCAGCCACCCCUUGCCAUUCCCAGCUUCUGUAUCCUUGAGCACUACUGUUUUUAUCUCUAUAUAAAUAAAUAAAUAAAGCAAGCAAGCAAGCAAGCCUCCAGAUAGAAGCCAGCUCUGAAGUCCUUCUUGGAAGAGGACUGUCUCGGGUAGUCCCAAACACGUGCCUGUUUCCCCCGUUAGGGCAGUCUCUAGUCCUUGACUUGUCCAGUGGGUUGUGUGCAAACCACUUGGCCUUUAGAGGAGCAGACGACACCCGCUCUGUGGUUUUGGGGGUGGAGAUGGGGAGAGAGACCCUUCUUGGAGGUCCUGAGCAGCGGUGCCUAGUUGAUGGGAGCAGGUAUUGGAGGAGCGCCAGUGGACAGGCUUCGUUGGAAUUACAUGGAUGGAGUACUUGGAAAGUUCUGCUUUAGAUGUUGAAUUGUGACACAACUCCAUAGAGUUCUAUGGACCUGUUUAAGAUGAUUUCUUGUCGUGUGUGUGUGUGUGUGUGUGUGUGUGUGAGAGAGAGAGAGAGAGAUGGAGAGAUGGGGUGGGGGGGAGCCUAUAUAAAAUAAUGAAAGCGAUUUUACAGUACUCCUCAACUAUGAAGUUCCCCUAAAACCUUAAUUUCUUUGCACUCUAGAAGAGAUGUGUGUAACCUCUGCCAGUACAGUGAUGUGGGAUAUUGUAGCAAGCGGAACUAUUUCACAAGAAGUCCAAACGAGACUGCACUAUAUAAGUUUUGCCCCUCCAUGGUAGGAGUGUGGCUUCCUGGAGUUCUCUUGGCAGAUCCGGCAUCCUUUCCCCUCUUUGAUCUUGGCCUUUUAAGAAAAGGAGAGGGUAACUUUUUGUUGCAGCCUUUUCUUACUGAGAGCAAAAGGUUCUGGGAGGUUAUUCAUCAUUUGUGAGGCUUAAUUCUGGUAACCUGGCACAGUCCAGGGAUGUGUGGGCAUGGCACUUGUGGGAAAGCGGCAUAUGGAUUUAAUCAGCACGUGGAAGAGAAAAGGUGUCCCCGGCCCUCUUCCCCAGGACACCUUGCCAGGCUGUGUGGCUUCCCCCCUGUGAGAUUGUGAGCCCUCUGGGCAGAGCUUGUCCCUUGUAUUCUGUACCGCACUGGCACUGAAUAAAUAUGAACACCGUC